AUGUUGUGUGAUCAGUGGUUCAUUUGGGAAUGUUCCGAGGAUUGGGGCUUGCACCCCAUGGACUGGAUGUCUGGUAAUCCACCUGGAAGUGUGUGGUCUAACAUCGGACCUACCGAUCGAUCAACCAACAACUCAUCUCUCUCUGACAGCGGUGAUUUUUCCCAACCUACGUAUUUGGAGAUGCAUGCACAAUCAGGUUUACCAGAGAUAACCCAAAAUCGACCUCAGAAUUCUCUAAACAAGCUUAUUUGCAACGGAAAGCGUGACAAAUAUUGUUCAGGGACAAACUACAGCGUUGUAAACAAGCAGACUGCGUUGUCCUGCGUUUCCGAGAACUACAGGAUCUCAAACAGUCUACAGCUUGGCUGGCACUUUGUUCCUACAAAAAUUUCACCGGACAAUAGAUGUACGCCCUCACAGAACUAUUCACAAUUUGAGGGGACUAACGAAGAGUGUGAGGAUAUUAAACACUCACAAAUAGUCAACGAUUCUCCAAAGCUUUGUUUGGGCGUGCCAUCACUCAGCAGAAGGCAAACAAAUCUGACGGAUAUUCGUAUGAAUCACAAGAAAAAUAUUCAGUUAGAACAGCAACUGGUGGAAACUCCAAAAACUUUAUCUUCCUGCUCGGGCCAGAAGCAGGACAGCCACAUAACUUCAACUUGUUCUGCAAUCACCCCAAAUCAUUCGGGCUCUCCCAAUAAUGUCCCCGAUAUUGGAAACAGUAAAUUUUCCCAAUCUGAGCACCCUGUAACCUGCAUGCGUACACUGGAACAGUACAUCAGAUUCAAUCCAACAAAGGACAACCAAAAGCCUGAAAGUCCACCGACCAUAUGUCGCUGGGCGAAAUGCUUCAAGGACUGCAAAGAACAGAAGUCGCUGGUGCUGCAUAUAGAACAAACUCAUAUUGCUCCCUACAUCAUGAACAAAGAGUACCGCUGCCACUGGGAAGGAUGUCGUCGGCAAAUGAAGCCGUUUAAUGCACGAUACAAAUUGCUGGUGCACAUGCGCAUACAUAAUGGUGAAAGGCCUAGCAAGUGUCCGUUCUACAAAGUUACAAGUGUUCGGAUUCAUCAUUUUCUGCUUGUCCUAACGCAUAAAGCCACAUUGUUACCCACUUUGUGUGUGUUUCAGUAUGCUGGAUGUAUAAAAGCUUUCUCCCGGCUGGAAAAUCUGAAAAUCCACAUGCGGUCACACACGGGAGACAAGCCAUUUGUAUGUCAUCUGGAAAACUGCAACAAAGCGUUCUCAAACAGUUCGGACAGAGCCAAACACCAAAGAACCCAUGUGCAUACGAAACCCUAUGCUUGUCAAGUUCCUGGUUGUACUAAGCGGUACACGGAUCCCAGCUCAUUACGUAAACAUUCGAAAUGUCACUGGAAUAGAAUGGAGGCGCUAUAUACCAUGCAAAAGCCAUACCUGUUGGACUCCAAAGAAGGCUUGGAUUUCACAUCACACUGUACCGAAGGCAUUUCAUAUUGCAAACGUACAGACGGUCUGCAUAAUGCGAGAUCAACCCGGCUGCCACACAUUUUCGCUGGCAAUGAAGAAAGGAAACAAAUUCGACAACAGAUAAGGACCGAAAAGGACUGUUCUGGGACAACUGAUCCAUUUGGAACUGCAUGGACAGAUGGAAAGGUGUAUGCAAUGGUUGAACGCGCGAGAUUCCUUCCAGCAGUGCAGGACUGCAGGUCAAGAGAUGAACGUAUUUUGAGGGAGCGAAAGACGAUUGGAUCGCAAACUCAAUACAAUGAGCUCACUGACCGUGACAUCCGCUUGCCGGAUACAACAAUGGACACGUUCGAGUGGCUUUGA